GACAUUGACAUGCACCGGAGAAUUUGAUUGCUCCAAGUCGUCUUAAUUCGUGGUCGAUCCAUAUAGUUGUCAGACCCAGCAGCAGCUGUUUUCAGCUCACAUUCCAUCAUUGUCAAAGACAGAAAAAGAUGUCUGGAUCCAUCGUGAUCCCAAUGAUGGGAUAGACAUUGAACGUGUCACUAAGGGACCCAGCGCCACAAAAAGUGCAGUCGUCAGAAGUGGUAUGGAUGCCGUGUGACUCCAGCUGGUUUGAUCACUGAAGCCAUGAGCCAGAGGAGUCCGAAAAGAGCAAGACAGGCUUCACCGAUCAACGACCCGCUGCCGAAUGGUUUGGUGCGAUUCCGUGUGGAUGGUGAAAGGUUUGAGAUCCUGGAGCAGACGCUACGAGCCAAGGGGGACACCUUCCUAGUGACCGUGUUGGAUGACCCUUGGAGGGACGAUGCGAAAGAGAUUUGCGUGGAGGGCAACAAGGAGCGAUUUCGGUACAUCCUGGACUGGUACCGCUAUGGUUCGAUUUUGCUACCUCGGAGCAUUGGCCUGGCAGAGAUGAAGCGGGACUGCGCCUUUUUCCAGCUGCCGGAGGAUGUCCAGAUUAAGCAUGAAUCUGCUACACUUGCCCAAGGUGUGAGGAUGAUUGCCGACUUGCGGAAAAACAUCCAGGAACAAUGUGCAGAAAUGACAAGGAUAGCAAAAAAAGACAUCGUGGACGCAGAGACAAAAAUCCUUGAUGCCGAUGCACAGAUCAUUGCUGCUUGGAUCGUGGAAAGGCUUGCGCAAAGGAGCCUGAAAGGCCCUGAAGACCAACCACAACAUGGCUGCUUUCUUUUGGGAAAGGACUCUCACAAGCUGAAGAAUGAGACUGGCUCUUCCAAUUCGGAUUCUUUUCUAAGACUCAGGGUCGCUCUUGCUCCUAGGGUUGAACAAGCGGUCAAGCAGCUUUUGGAUAAACAUGGCUAUGAUGCAAAGGCCGCAUACGGGUCAAAUGGUUGGGCAUGCACUUUGUGCCCAUUAAGUCAUUAGCAGUGUACAAAGGCCUGCCUGAAAUGACUGGCAGCUUGAAUCCCAUGCCAAAGAAGCAGCAUGGACUCGUGCUGAGUCCAGGACUGUUUCUUGUUCUGCCUUCCCACGGACAUAAAGUUUCAAUGGACAAUUGGAUCCGCUGCAA